CUGGGACGCCUGCCUGACGGAGGCCGACAGGAGGUUCCUUGCCAGGUUUCUUCCGGCCGGCUCCGAUGCCGAGGAAGCAGUGCGCCAUUUGCUCACAGGGCAAAAUCACCACUUUGGGAACCCCCUUGUAACCUGGUCCUCUUCUCUUUGCUCUGCUCAUCUUCACCCAGACGCUAUACUUCACAAGGAGCAGCAAAUCAGAGCCGAUAACAAGGCAUAUCAUGCACUGUUGAACAACUACCAUUCCGACAUCACUGAGACCCUCACCAGGUGGAGGGACAAAUGGUUAACUUGUGACAAUCCAAAAAGCUUGUUCAGGUUAUUCUCUCCCCCUCUCUCAGGUUUUUUUUUAUUCAAUGCUUUUGCUUCUACAUCUUAUUGGCAGUUGCUCGUUCAUCUUCUCCAGAAUGACCAACUUGUGAAACACACACACACACACAACUUGAUGCUCCUGCUGACCUUUGAAUAGUUUUAUGAUUAUUCACUGAGAUUUAAGGAAGUUUCUUUUUAAGCAGCUACUAAAGUUACUAUAAAGUUGGGUCAUCUAUUUUGGAACGGAGGGAGUAACUUUUCAAGCUCCUUUUUUACUCCUUAGCUUCUGGCUUGCCGCCCAGCCUUUAGGAAUUAUCAUUGGAUUGGCACUUCCUUUUUUGUUAUCUUGUGAAAUAUAUAUCUCUCCUAUAUUUUUACUACUAGUUUGAAUACCCUGGCGAUGCUUCGUUAGUUGCUACUAAUACUUCAACUGCUUCCCAUUGGCUCUUACAAAAGGAAAAGCUCAUGUGUUCUGGAUUAUUCUGACUUGAAGCC